AUGGCAAGCGGUGCCGAAGCCGAGAACCAGAGGCUCACCAUCGGUGUGGUGACUUCGUGUCUGGCCCUCGCGCUCCUAUCCUUCGUGCUGCGCAUCUACGCCAGAUACACCACGCAGGCCAAGCUAUGGUGGGAUGAUUAUUGGAUGUUCUGGGUGAUGGCCUUGUGCAUUUCCAUGUCGACAAUGGACUUCGUGAUGUUGUCGCUCGGAUCUGGAGUACACCAGGACGCUUUGCCCGCGGGGGAGGUCUUAACAUUCAUCAAGUGCCUCUACGCAUACAUGCUCAUGUGGGCGACGAGCGUGUUUUCUGUGAAGGUCGGCAUUCUGCUCUUCUACUGGCGCGUAUUCCACACCAAGGGGUUCCGCAUCGGCGCCAUGGCCGUCGGCGCCCUCUCCGCCGGCAUCUUCCUGUCCAACUUCUUCAGCUUCUUGCUGCAGUGCACGCCCGUUUCAAAGUUCUGGGACCACGAGGUGGAGGGGACCUGUAUCGACCAGAACACAUUCUACCUCGCCUCCGCCAUCAUCAACGUCCUCGGUGACGUUGCGGUUCUGGGUCUGCCGCUUCCGGUCGUCUGGAAAUUGCACACUUCGAAGAGCAAGAAGUGGUCGUUGAGUUUCCUGUUCCUGCUCGGUGCCUUUGUCUGCGUUGCGAGCAUCUUCCGUAUCAUCGCCGUGACUCAGAUCGACCCCACGGACUUCACAUUCACCAACGUCGGAGGCGGGCUCUGGAGCACGGUCGAGGUCGAAGUCGGAUUCAUCUGCGCCAACCUCCCCGCGAUCCGGCCUCUCCUCUUCAAGCUCCUGGGCUACGGCACCACAACACACAGCUCCGGCUACGGCAGCGGUGCCAAAAAGCAGUACGGACUGUCUGGCAACAGGGUAGUCGCCCGGUCGGGACACUUCAAGCUCCAGAGCAACCACAGGGACAACGACAUGCAGGACUCGAGCACAGAGGAGCUCACGCUCGGGAGCAACUCGAUGGCCCUGUCGAGGACCAAGUCGAAGCCGUUCAACAGGCACAGGGAUGCCGACCAGAUCCAGCCCGUGGGCCUGUCUGACAUCAUGGUCAAGACGGACAUUGGAGUCUCGGUCGACGACAAGGAAUCGGAACGACAGACAGACGGUCCAGAUCACUUUGUCCAGAUAUCGACACCCAAUAAUGAGGUUCAUCUGCCAGGCGCACCCCGAGCUUAUUAA